GCGCUCUCAAGUUGUUCGAGCGGGCGUCCAAAAAGGUCCCGUUCGUCACGUGGUGGUGGCGGCUACGUUUUGACUCCCCCCCCCCCCUCCCUCCCACUCGUUGGCGAGGCUCGGGAGUGAAAGUCCAAGUGGUCCUCAGCGCGCUUGGAGUGGUACAUCCCGCCGCGAGUUUCCAGUCGUAGUGGUACAGCCCACUUGACUUCUUUCGGGGAGACGAGCGGCCACACUUGGAUCCACAGUUGGGACGCGGGAGGACGACGCGCCUCGGUCCGGUCCGGUCCAAUCCUCGGAGCCAUGGAGCCCUUUUACGGACUUUUCGCAACACUGCUCGUCGUUCACGGACUCGCCGGCGCGAGCGGCAACCUGGUGGCGGCCCCCGCCAAAGUGGACGCGGUGCUGGGCAAGAUGAUCACGCUGGGCUGCCAUAUCCAGAUGACGGCCGACCUCACGCUCAUCCAGACCUCGUGGGAGCGCCAAGUGCCCUCCGGCCGGGAGGUGCUGGCCGUCUACCACGUGCGCCACGGCACGCACGUCUCCCCCGACUUUGCCCAUCGCGUCUCCUUCGUUUCCACCACGGAUCGAGACGUCAGCAUCUCCAUGAAGGCCGUGGACCUGGCGGACCAGGGCUCGUACACCUGCAAGGUGUCCACAUUCCCGCUGGGGAAUGACCAAGCGUCGACGGACGUCAAUGUAUUGGUGGAGCCCAAGGUGUACGUGGCGUCAGGGCCCGCCGCCCUGCUGGAGGGCGAGGGCGAGUCUCUGGUGGCCACCUGCGUGGCGGAGCGCGGCCUCCCCGCCGCCAGCGUCUCCUGGGAGACGGAGCUGAGCGGCCGCGCGGAGACGCAGAGGCGCGAGGAGGCGGACGGCACGGCCAGCGUCAGCGCCCGCUACCUGUGGAAGCCUCGCGCCGACGCCCAGGGCAAGAACCUCACCUGCGUGGUGCGCCACCCCACGCUGGAGAACGACUUCCGCAAAGACCACACGCUCAACGUUCACUUUGCACCGACGGUCCUCGUCAAGGGGGAGAAGAAAAACUGGUACGCGGGACAAGCCGACGUGACGUUGAUCUGCGAGGCCCGGGCCAACCCGCCCGUCCGGGAGUAUGCGUGGGCCAGGUUGGACGGAGCCAUGCCGGACGGUGUUUCCGCCGUCUCCAACCGGUUCGCCUUCACGCGCCCGCUGACGCUCAACGACUCGGGCGUGUACCGCUGCCAAGCCACCAACCAAAUGGGCGUCCGCAGCUACAACGUGUCCCUUUGGGUCCAAGAACCCCCCUCCACCACGGCCGCCCCCGUCGCCACCACCGGCGGCCCGCCCCGCGUCCCCGCGGCCGGCACGGCGCGCUCCCCGUCCGACUCGCCCACGCCGGCUCCCGCCCGGGACGGCACGCUGGGCGUGGCGGCGGGCGCGGCGGCGGGCGCGGCGCUGGUCCUGAUCCUGGCGCCGCUGGCCGUCUGCUUCUCCUUCCUGCGCAAGCGCCGCACCUUCCGGGGCGACUACUACACCAAGCAGUACCUGGGCCCGUCGGACGCGCAGAAGGAGACGCACAUGGACGUGCUGCAGCCGCAUGAGCUCCAGGAGGUCUACGGGGACCGAGGCGGCGGCGGCGGCAGCCAGGAGCUCAAGGCCAAACUCUCCGCCGACCUCAUCUACGGCGACGAGGAGCGGGGCGGCGACGACUGGGCCGAGCGAGGACUGCGACUACUUUGCCGACGGCUACAGCGGCCGCAAGCCGCGGCACCCGUGCGGGCCGCCCGCCCUCGCCAACGGCUCGCCGUACCUGCGGACGACUGCCGCGACAACUGCGCCGACGGCGACUACGUGGCGCACGUGGACGGAUCGGUCAUCUCACGGCGGGAGUGGUACGUCUGAGCUCGGGGGACGGGAGGGGGGCGGC